AUGUCCACCACCCGCGGCCGCGCCACCCGCCCAAAGAAACUCAACUCCAAGCAAAAUGUCCAGAUUUUCCGCGAGGAUCAAGUUGAUCCUCUUUCCGACUACGAUACCCAACGUGCUGCAAUAGAAACCGGUGUUGAAAAAGCCGAGGAAUCAGAAUACCAUCUUCAACAAGCCAUCAAAGCAUCCGAAAUCGCCAAAGCUGAUGCCAAAAUCAAAGAUGCUUACAUCCCCACUCCACCUACCAUCGCCAGUGAUGUCCAAUAUGACGUCCUGUACCCAAGAGGGUUUCAACAACCCGCCACCUAUAUACGCUCCUCCGCCACGGUCGAAGACUGUGCCGGAGUCGCGUAUUGCAUGGAUGAGGAAGAUGAACUUGCCUUGAAAUUGAUCAACGGUAAAUUGCCUGCUGGACAGGAGCCGUGCACCGAAGACCAAUUUGAAGUGGUCAUGAAUUUUUUCGAGGAAACCGCGCAGGCAAAACAACCUUUUGCUGCCGUCGAUAGUCCCCCCGUCUUACCUUUAGAAGAACUCGAGGAGCAAAUCGAUGAUACCAUCCCUCCUUUUGUCCGCAACCUUUCCAGGUUCAUAUAUGAGCACUGGAAAUCACGGCGCUCGGCGACUGGUAAUCGUCCAUUAGCCCCUCGGCUAAAGUUCGAGACUGGCCAGGAGUCCGACGACAGCGAUCCAUAUGUAUGCUUUAGACGGCGUGAAUUGCGACAAAUUCGGAAGACCAGAAAUCGUGAUGCGCAGAGUGCUGAGAAGCUGCGAAAACUCCGCAUGGAGCUCGAGACGGCGAGAAACAUGCUGCUGAUGGUCAAGCGAAGGGAGCAGCUUCGCAAAGAAGCUCUUGAGGUCGAUCAACUGGUCUUCGAGCAGCGGCAGGCACUCCGUGACACAAAGAGGAAAUUGGGUAUGAAAGGCGACGAUGACCUCCUCAUCAAUCAAAAGAAGCAGAAAAUACCCCCAGGCAUGACGCCCAAUCAAGCCGCCCUCGCCCAGCAGCUCAGAAUGCCCAUGGCUUCUGGUCCUGGUCCCGAACUGCGCACGCUGGAAGAAGUUGCCAAUGCUCGGGAACGUGAAGUGCAAAAGGAGAUUCAAACCAAUGUUGAGAAACACAUCAGAUGGAACGAGGGUUUCGUCGACAAGACCAUGGCACCUCUUACUCCUGAGCUUGAAGACGAUUAUCCUUCGCCUGGCGAACAUUUCCGUGAGGCAAUGGCUGCGACUGAAUAUUUGCCAACACCGCCAGCUAGUAUCUCGGAUGAAGAGUCACAGGAAUUGCCGAAUGGGACUGACGUGGUGAUGAAAGACGUAUCCCGACCAUCAACACCUUUUCGAUAUGCCAGUCCCGCGGAUGAAGAUUCUGUCGGACAUAUGCCUUCCUUCAGACGGAGGAUAGGUCGUGGCGGCCGCAUCAUAAUUGAUCGAAGGCUCCCUCGAGUGCGACGAGACUUCACGGCAGAUGAUUGGUCCAAAGACGAUCGGUUCAAAUUUGACUCGGACGACGACGAUUUCUCUGACACCGAUCCCACUGUACCUGACUUAACUUUUGCUCGCAUGUCCCAGCGAGCGUAUCUGAUCGGUGCGAGCCGACCUACCGAUGCACAAUUAAUAGCAGCAAGGAGAUCACAGUCUGAGGCCGCAGGCCCAAGUCACUCCUCUCCAGCAGGACAGCAUGCACAAGCGACACCUGCACCUUCUUGA